CUUGUAAAGCCGAAUGUAACAGGCUUACUGUAAUUCUCGUUAAGGAAGAAGGUUGUGCACGCAUUAAACUGUUAAAACAAGCUCAAAGAGUAAAUUAUCAACUCGGAUAAAUACGGAGUAUAGGAAGUGUAUUGGAAUUUGAUUGUACCAUUUAUAGGUUCUAUCAAACACUUUGCCAACGUUUAAGUAGUAAGACCACGUCACAUCAAUGUUACACCUAAUGUCCACCAAUGACACAGACCGUUUCUAUUAGCACGCAGUUCAAUAAUUACUAUCAUGGAGGAAUGAAAGCGAUGACUACCAACGCGACUAAACGACGUCGACUUGAAAGCAACGGCUCUGAGGCCUCUGGCGUCUCGACACAAACACAGCUGACAGACUUGUCUGGAUCGUCACCAGACGACAAUAGCGGCUCCAAUCUGAGACGAAAUAGUGACAAAUCCGACAGUAACAGUACCGGCAAAAAUUAUUCGACCAUGCCAGAAAUGUCAAGUAAUUGCAAAUGUGACGCUGUUGUUAGAGAGAGAAUGUUUGCUUCGAGAAAAGAAUCCGGUCAUCGAGUAUCAUUUAGUCUCGGUGACAGUAAUUUAGACAAUGAAGAAAAUAACGGACCUUUCGAACAGUUUGGCAACAGCGGCAGAAAAUGUAAUAAUCAGCACACAAUACCGAUUUCAAGACCGAGGCAGUACUCUGAGAACAAUGAAGAUACAGUAAAUAAAACCUGCUGCAAAUCACCACUUAACCAUUAUGUGAGUAUGCCAUACACACCUAAUGCCACCGAAUGCGAGUGUUCAUCAUGCUUUGAUAGAACACAGAAUAUCGCGAGAGAGCAUUUGCAAAGUACGGAUCCAGAACUCACGUUCCGGAAGUCCCUGAGCGUGAGAUCAUUACCGGAUAUACAAUUUAACGGAAUACCCUUUCAAUACCCUGUGUCAAACCAAAGGCAAGUGUCGAAAACUCCUCUAGACACUGUCGUAAAUUUUAAUGAGACGCGGGCUGGGAAAUAUCUACAUACAGUGUUUAAAAAUCAAAGUCAGCAUAAACCAAGGAGUCUGAAAUCUGGAGCUCUAGAGACAAUAUACAGCGGCGACACUCCGUCUUCAACAUUCGAUAAUAGACCGUUUCACACAAUGCCUGGUGUUGACCAGUCUUUCGGCAACAGUGAACCAAGGUACGAAAUGGUGGAAGGUAAUAGUUCCCAACCGCGUUUGGAUUCUCCAGUCUCUAGCAAGCAGUCAUCUGAAUCUAGCAGGUCUGAGAAAUGUUUAAGUUGUAACAAGUUUACUGUUCUAGUAAUUCUUAACGUUGUGUUGAUGUUAUUGAUCGUGCCAGCGGUGACGGUCUACGUAAGUGUAAUAGUAGGAAAUAAACUCGUAUCAGAACCGGGACAAAUGAACAAAACUUGCGUCAGCUGUAGCGUUCUAGACAUCUUUGAUAGUCACGAGGAGCUUGGAUUGGAAAAAAGACCCGGUGACCUUUGUUGUCUGAAGGCAGAUACCAACCUAGUUGACUUCAUUAUUAAGACGAGAAGAGUCACGCCAACUUCUAUUAAAGCUGAAGAUGAGGAGAUAUAUCACGGUCGUCCAAUUCUUGAACUCAAGUCAGUUGACUUAGAUGACAGGAAAGUACGCUGGAAUCCUCGUGGCCUGAUGCGAGGCGGCUUGGCGUUGAACGACAGCCACAAAAUCGAGUUUAACAAACCUGGAUACUAUUUCGUUUCAACUGAACUCGCUUUUAAGCCCAAUAGUCAAGAGAUUCUUCAGGCAGAGUUUACUUUCUUUGGCAAUGAAAAUAAAGAUAACUCUAAAGAUAAGCCGUUGCGUUCAAAAAGCGAGACGCUGAGGAAUCAACCCAAUGACAGCAGAUACAACAGCCAAUGCAGCUUCGUGGACUUUUUCUCGGCCGGGAGCCACCUUUAUGUUAAACUUGAUCACGUGGAAGGACUGCUGGAGAAGGACGCAAAAAUAUUGAUUUUCUUUCUGGGUAACUAGUCCGUUUAUAUAGUUCUUGGUUUCUAUUCUGAUUACGUUGCACCUGUGUCCAUGGUGGUGUUAACAAAUGAAAAAGCGUCACAUGUCGGUGUGUCAUAAGUUGAGCCGAAAAAGUACAUGUUGAUGACGUUGUUGAUGACGUAGUUAUCAGUGUCAGUUCAGUCUUUGAUGCUUACCGUCCAUCCGUUACCAAAAAUAGUUCCAGUUACAUAAAUAUAGAUAUAUCUAGAUCGUAUGUUGACAUCACUUUAAAAUACGAGAAGUGUAUCUGUACAUUUUGGUUUUGACAGCGUUAUGUUCCAUGGACGUUGUGAACUAAAUAACAAACUUAUUUUACUGUGGUGAAAUCAACAAUAACACAUUGUAUUGUUGAUAUUGGCGUCAGGACAUAUUGACUGAAAAUAUAGCGGAAUCCAACACAGCUUCGGAAUACAUGUCUCUAAACAUGUUUGAAUCUGUGAAACAUGGUCUUCGUAAGGAAAUGACAAUAGGUGACAAGUAGCUGUUCACUCUCUGAUUCAUAUGAAGUAUGCCGGAUAAUGCUUUACCCCUUAGAUGCGUAUUCUGACGCAUGUGUAGUCCCUUAAUAGUUAAAUUUAAUGGAAGACCUUUCUUACUAAAUUCAAGUUUUAAAUGCUUCAUUUCCAACUCUAAGAUAUUGAUGAGCAGCAAGCAGCAUAAAACCUGAACAGACUGCGAGUUACUCGCAAGCUGUUCUUGUUAAAUGCUGUUUGCAGAUAGCAAUUUUCACUAUGCUUUUGAGUGGGAAAUGGUUAACCAUUGCGUGUCAUCGAACUGUGUGUGAAACGUUGAGAUCGCACAUACAAAACACGUUUCGGAAUCGGGAACAGCUCUGUGUUUUAAUGGCGGCAGGUAUUAUCACGUGGCCCAUGGUUUGAUUUCGACAGCACGGUACCAGAUUUAGAUUAUGGUGUUCUUAUAAAUUCUAAGGUGAACUAUAUUAUAUGCUUGCACUGAUAAACAUGUAUAAAUAUACACAUUAAAAAAAAUGAAUUACGAAUAAGCAGGGUUCUCGCCUGAUUUACCAUUUCGGUAUUGGUAAUAAAUAUAGUCCCUACUGAAAUGUAUAAUAUCAUAUAUGUUGAAAAGGCAUGACGAUGAACAAUUAUGCAACUUGAAUAUGUCGAAAGCAUAUAUUCGAAGAUGUAUUGAUUAAAAUUGGAAUACAUCUAUGUACAUUUAGUUAUAUGCAUACAUAUUUAUUAUAUUUUUCCUUGUAUUCAUUACAUUUUUAUCUAUUGUUUGCAAGGUUUAAGUUGAACUGAUGGUUAAGUAAUGUCAAUGUAAAAAUGAUUAAAACAUUUUAUGUUUCAUUUACUUAAUGCAAACUGCGAUGUGCCAACAUUGGAACGAAAUGUUAGUCAGAAUGUUCAUUUUACAGUUGCUCAAAACAAAUGAAUAUUAUUUACCCUUCAAAUUAUUUACAUUUAGUUUCAGAUCUAUUUGCUCAAAUGUAAAUGCAAGCUUUUUCAAUUUUAGCGUUGAAACACUCGCUCAUCAGUCCGUUGCAAUGCUUGUAAACAAAAUCCGAUCUCGUUAUCAGAUGUAUAUUUUUUGGUUGUAAGAAAUUCAGUCAAAACAUUAGUGCCAUAAAUGGUUCAUAUUGCGUAUUUAUACACAUCUGAUAUUCGUCGCUAUUAUAAAUGUAUGUUUAUCAGACUGGUUGUGAUUAAAAGCACAGAAUAGUUGGUAAAUGUUUAACAAGCAUAUCAACAACAGUCUGGUUUCUGUAAAAUAUAUGUUUUGUAAUUUUUGCUAUGUUAUUUUGUUUUUGAUUUUAUUUUUAGUGUGGACAAUUUAACCAUGCAAAAGAGAUUGCACAUUGCAAUGAUUUCAUUUGUUUUAUUCGGCAGUACAUUUUCUUGUCAAAAUGGUGUCAAACAUUUAAUUUAUGAUGGUAUACAAAAUAAUACAAUUGCUUCUGUGACUCGCACAAGUGUUUUAUGAUUUCCACGUAUAUUUAUCAACACUCUUUCUUUUUGCUUAGCUUUCGAAGUUUGUUAUAAUGUUUGAUCAGCAUGAUCUCUUUUAAACAUUUGAGAAUAAACACAGGCGCAAAAUACAAUACGUUGGAACAUCAGUUUUGCAAGACUUCAUUGCAUGUCUACUAAAUGGUUUAAAAUAGCCCUUUAAAGUAAAACAACUAAGAAUUUGCAUUAUUGUUACAUAUAGCUUUUAGGACAUACAAUUGGUUAUAUCAAAUGAGUUGUUUAAAAAUACAUAAAUAUAAUCACUUCUCAUUGAACCAAAAUCAUUAGAUUUGUAUUAAAGUCAUGCCGCUGUACAAUUAUGCAAAUUGUAAAUAUCGAAAGUUUAUAUUCAAAGAUGUAUUGUAUAAAUAUACUGACAUGUAGAGAUAUGCAUACAUAUUGGUUCAAUUUGUCCUUGUGUUUAUUAUAUUCCAAUAUUUCAUUAGAAAGGGAGGUUUAGUUAUGUUGAUGUAAUAAAUGAUUAAAACAUUUUUUUUUCAUUUUGUAAAUGAAAACUGCAGUGUGCCAACAUUGUAGCAAAAUAUCGGAAUUUCCUUGUUCACCGUUGCUCAAAACAAAAAUAUAAUACGUAUUUGUCAUUUUUUCACAUUUUCACAGAUUUAGUUUAGUUCUUUUUGCUUUAAUGGACAUGCAAACAUUUAAAACUAAGAUAUUGAAACACUCGCUCAUCAGUCCGUUGCAAUGUUUGUAAAACGGUCCAAUAUCUUCAUUGGAUAUAUUUUUGUCAGAAUGUAUGUCCUAAAAUAAGUACCAUAAAAAGAUUUUUGUGCGCCAUAUUUGAACACAUCUAAAAUGCAUCGCUAUUAUAAAUGUAUGCAUAUCUUGUUUGCUGAAAGAGUACAGACCUUCAUUUUAAAUGUGAAGAUGGUCUCUCUUCGUAAUCAUUUUACAGUUGGUCCCGCAUAUUUACGCUGUUUAAAUCUGGAAUGAAUAUAUAUAUAUAUAGCGUAUCGAAGCAUCUACGCCGAAUAUGUAAAGGAUGUAUAAAAUAUCGUUAAAUCGUAUUUGCAUCAUACAAACUGGUUAUGAUCAAAAGCGCGUAAUGGUUCGUUAAUGUCGACAAUUAUAGAAACAACCCCCUCGAUUAAUGUCUGCAUUAUUCUAUUGAGUAUUCGUUGUCAUUCAAUAUUUUCGAGUGAGGUAUGAUCGGCACAUAUGAUGUAGUUAUGUACAGUUUUUAAACAAAUCAGUGUUUUUUGUUAAAAUGUUAUAUUAAAUUAUAUUUUAUUUUUAAUGUGAACAAAUAAACCACGCAAUAGGGCUUGCAUAUUUCAAAGAUCUCAUAUUUUAGAUAAGCCAAUAUAUUUUUUUGUUAAAAUUUUAAUUUAAUAUGCUUUACAAAGUAAUAUGAAUAAGUUUUAAACUCGUUAAUGUGUUUUAUUCUUUUGAUUCGUUCACAAAUAUAAAUGUUCUGUUUUCAUGUUUAUCUUUCGAGGUUUGUAAUCAUGUUGGAUCAACCCGUAUAUUUUAAUCGAAAACGCAUGCGCAGAAAUACUACUCGUAGGAACAUAAAUAUUGCAUCCGUGUAAGUCAGGCCUCCUAAAUGGGUUAACAUAAAAUUUUAAAACAAAUCAACAUGUUUGUUUGAAUAUAAACCUAUUCAAACAAAAAACUUUUUAAACGAGAGACCUAUCGUGUCAAUGUGUGUAGUUGCAUAAGUUAUGAUCAACCUAUUUAUGUUCUCUCACGUGUAUAACGUAUUUUUUGCUAAUUUAACGUUAUUUUAAAUUGUAUAAAAAACUUACCACUUUAUAAAUAAAAGGAAUAUAAAUAAUAAAAAUUGCAUGUGUUUCAAUAUUGAUUGAAAUGUAUGCAGAACAUAUUAAUAAUUUGAUUUAUAUAUCAUGUAAACAGGAUAACAAAUAUCGUAAUAGCCGUCGAAGAAUGUUGGUAAUGCGUAUUUCUAUUAGUUAACUUCUUUUUAUAGUUGGAUAUAAAGGUUUAUUUGGAAAUAUGGAAAUAGUCUUUGUUUUAUAUUAAGUGCAACUUUUGAAACUUUACUGAAUCCGUAUUAAUAAAUCAUCAACAUUUUUAUGCAAUAUAAUUUGGUUGUGUAUUUCUGUUUGUUUUACAUGGGUAUUGCUUUUGUUGUUGCUUUUAUUUGUAUUAUUGAUACUUACCACUAUUUGUGAGUCCAUAUGUACAAAUCAUUCUUUAUAUUUUGCUUACACACAAUUGUUACGUGUGAACAGAAGUGGUGUAUGUAUAACGUUUAAAAAAUAAAAUAAACAUACAAUAAUGUGUGCAUUUAUUUUUUAACUGCAUGCACUUAGUUAAAUGGUUGACGUUUGUGGUAUUGUAAGAUAACUGAUUAAAAGCAUUUUACUUAUGCUUAAGUUAACGAUUUAAAACGUGUAUU